AUGCAACAUUCCAGGGUCAUAGUCAGAAAUCCUGGUCUAAGAGCUCAGCUGUCUGUCGUUAUUCGUGUCAAGCUAUUGCCCCCUGCAGGUCCGGCCCUCGAUGCUGUCUUGGAGCCGUGCCCCGUCCGGGAGAGCAGGGGCCGAAAGCUGCGCCUUCACCCGGGAGCUCAGCACGAGGACCGGAGGCCCAGGAGAGGUGUGGCUCACUGGGGACACCCAGGCGGACCGGCCCAGCCCGCGCUCUGCAGCCCCAGCCGCACGAGGAGCGGGCCCGGCCCGGAGCGCAGCCGCCCGCACCCGUCCGCGCGCCCGGGGCGCCCUGGCGCGGAGCCCGCUGCGGCCUCGCGGGGAAGACGCCGCCCGGGCAGGGAGGCCGGAGCCGGGCCGGAGCAAGAUCGGCGCCGCGGGACUCGGGCGAGGGUCCGGCCCGGCUGGGACCGAUCCCAGGGAGGUCCCCGCGUCUCAAGUAGCCAGGGGCCGCUCCCCGCAGCCCCGGCGACCCCACGCGGCAGCAGCCCUGCGGGUGCUCCGCGGCUCCUCGCCGUCCCUCUAGCACGCCCCUCUCCGAAUGCCCCGCCAGCGCCAGUCCCGGGCUGCGGCGGCGAAGCCCACCGAGCCUGGAGAAGAGCGAAGGCGCCCCCUGCUGGCCAGAUGCGGCAGGCGCGGCCACCGCUCGCUCCCCGACACCCUCCCGCCGCGGCCCGCACGGACCCAGCUCCACCCUCCCGGCCCCCCGCGAGGGGGACGUGUUCAAAGAAACAGAAAACAAAACACAAACAAAGCGCCAAAUCCACUCUCACCUGGUUUGCUGCUCUAAGAUUAAGUUUCUCAUGUGUUAUAAUAGGCAAGACAAACAAAAGCUCGCUGACAUUCAUCUGCAUUGCUAUAUUAGAGAAAUUUGUGGAACCAAUGGUGCCAAAUACUGAAGUUACUCACUGGAAAUUAGUAGAGUUUACAGGGAAAGGGAAAGUGAAAGAUGAGUAGGAGCUAACAGUGAGGAGGACCAAAGCAGAGAGACUCAAGAAGCAAGUGAAAGGUACAAUGUUCUUUUCCCUUUCCUUCCUUUAAAACAGACGGAGUAAUCGACUUU